AUGGACACAAAGUCUCUGAAGCCGAACGUGUUUUCAAAAGUGGAUAUGACCGUUCCCAUCACGAGGGAGUACAGGAUACAUGGAAGUGCCUUGCCCACUGCAGCUGAUCCAAGGCCGCAGGUAUAUGUGGCCACUAUUUUUACGAGUAACCACGUGUUUGCAAAGGCGCUGUUUUUCAAGAUUAUUGAGAAGAAAUACAAGAUAAAGGCAUCGAAAGGGCUUAUUAUUGAUUGUGCAGUGGUUCCAGAGCCAGAGGUUAAGGAGGUUCAGAGCUACGGAGUAAGGUUUGUGUACCGAAGCAAGAAGGGAAUACACAACUCGUACAAGGAGUGCAGGGCAGUCAGCAGAUGCGCCGCAGUUGAUUACAUGCUGAGGGAGCUUUCUGGAAGGAACCACCUGAAGAGGGCCGACGUAGACAUAAUCAGUGUCGAGAUGCUUUCUAAAGACAAACUGCUGAGAGGAAAGACAAUUGACUUCAGCAACGAGAAUGUUGAGUUCCCUGUUUUUUCGAAACUGCUCAACACGAAAAAGCAGCUUGUUCCUGCAGACUAUGAUCCUACUGAUUAA